UCUACAAGCAGCAACAGAAACAGCUGACAUAUUGUGUGCGGCGUGAGGUUACGUAGUUUUUGGUUACGAAAAUUGAGAAACUGUAUAUUUCAACACCAACUGCAGCUACAUUACAAUUGGGAAUCGAUUUAAAAUGUCAAAUAGCCAUCUGUUUCUCAAAUCCGGUUUUCCGCGGGCACCCCUACAAAAUGGGCUCGGCCGGUACGUUUGCCAGCUGCAGCGCAUCACGCUGAAGUUCUGCAAGAACAACGGCUCCAGCCGUGGCAUGCGGGAUUUCAUUGAAAACCAUUUGGUGGACUUUGCGAAGGAGAAUCCCGGCAUUGUGGUCUAUGUGAAGCCGCGCCGUCACCGCACGCCUGUGUUGGUGGGUGAAUACUUAAAUGGUGAUCGCGAGUGGUUGAGCUGUCGCAACAGCACACAGGACGAGAUCAGCAAAUGGAUAGAUCUGCUAAAGACACAAAAUGGUAGCUCCAGUUCGAUGCGUCUACGUAAAAUGUGGCAUACGGACGUGCCCUCCAUACAAGGACCCUGGACACCUUUUCUACUACGCUCACCCGACGCAAACAAUCAAACCCUGCCCAGCAAGGAAGCAUCACAACCCUUCGACAUACCACAAACGGCUACCGAGAAGCUCAUCGAGCUCUUCAAGCAACAAAAGCUGGAAGAGGGCAAAGCAGGUGACGAGAUCCUGGAACAAAAGCGAGCUGAGUAAAAUAUUUAUGUAAUUAAAAUCUUUAGUUGAGUUGUUUUAUAAUUAUAAUCGUUGCUUUUUAUUGGGAGUCAACAAAAGAUUUGUUUUCUAAACAAAUAAAUACACGAUGUUUUAAAAACCUAAA